CAAUGUGAGAGAGGCCUCUAGUUUAGGUCAUGAUGACAUCAAAACAGCCCAAUUGAUCCUAUCUCCUAAACAAGUUCACAUGCUUAUAAAAUGUAAUAAAUGAUAUUUGGUAAGAUCAAAGCAGAGAGUGAGAGAGAGAACACAGUUAGAAGCAGAGAGGGCCAGUCCAGGAGGGGAAGAAGAAGAGUAGUGAAUGACAUAGAAACAUGCUUUCUUUGGCAUGGGACCCUGAAGAGAGGUUAUAGAGGUUGGAAGUAACUGGAAAUGUUGUAUAACAGCAUCUGUCAGAAAGAGGAGAAGAAAAUGAAAUGAAGACAUGGCUAACAAGUGUGUUAUUUAUGAUGCAACAUUAGACAAACACACAAAUGGCCUCAUCACUGCUACUACUGCUGCUGCAACUACCAUUAUUUGCUACAACGCCUCUUCGUCUUCGUCUUCGUCUUCGUCAUCAUCUUCAUCCUCGUCUUCGUCUCCUUCUUCUUCUUCUUCUGCUGCCGGUAUGGUUUUUGCAGACAUUGGUUCACUCUCUCUUAGUCCCAAUAACUAUGGACUCGGAACACAGUCUGAGAUGGGAAAUGCAAGAGGUUCCGCCACUACUUGGGGUAGUUUUCCUUUUAUGAGUAGUGAUCAUAAUGGUGUUUUGGAGGGCAAGGGGGUUUCUGACGAUUGUAGUGAUGGGUUCGGAGAGAACAAUGAGACUAUAAAUCAUAAUAAUGGAAACUGCUCAAAUGAUCACGAAGAAGAGAACCCUAAUAAUAAUGAGAACAUGAACAGUAGUAGUGGGAAAGAAACAGAUAGCAGCAGUGGGCAAUCAAAGCUCUGUGCAAGGGGACAUUGGAGACCUGCAGAAGAUACUAAGCUUAAAGAACUUGUCGCUCUUUAUGGCCCUCAAAACUGGAACCUUAUAGCUGAGAAGUUAGAAGGCAGAUCAGGUAAAAGCUGUAGAUUGAGAUGGUUUAACCAGUUGGAUCCAAGAAUAAAUAGAAGAGCUUUCACUGAAGAAGAAGAAGAAAGGCUAAUGCAAGCUCAUAGACUUUAUGGUAACAAAUGGGCCAUGAUAGCUAGGCUUUUUCCUGGGAGAACUGAUAAUGCAGUCAAGAAUCAUUGGCAUGUUAUCAUGGCUAGAAAAUAUAGAGAACAAUCUAGUGCUUAUAGGAGAAGAAAACUAAGUCAAUCAGUCUACAGGAGAGCUGAUGAAACUUCAAGCUUUGUCUGUGGAGAUCCAAGCACAAUACAAGAACCACCGCAACCGCCGCCGCCGUACUGUCUCAAUAUCCUCAACGGUGGAGGGCUAACCAAUUUAUCUCCUUACCCAAUUUCAACGUUCAAUGGCGGCGGCGGCUUCGGCAGUGGUGGUGAAGCAGUGUCAAACAUCCAAGCUCCUCUUACUGGGUUUUGUGCCCAUCAGACACCUUAUGAUUUCUUUUCUGGUCCCAAGAGCAAUGACGUGAUGGGCAUGUUCAGUCAGACGAGAUCUUGCGAUAGGCCAAGUGAUGAACCCCACAUUUCUGGUUUCUAUCCCCAACAGCAACAGCAACACUACCCAUCAUAUAUAAUGGCAAUGCAACAGUCAUCAAACUAUCAAAACCCUUAUUAUUUCUCAGAUUCCACAGCAUCAACGACAACAACAGCAAAUCCUCAGGUUUCAGCUGCUAAUGAAGUUUCAGCUGCUAAUGAAGUUUCACCUUCUUCAUCAUCAGUGGCUGCUGCAGAGAAGCAUUUUGAGGCUAUUCCACCACCAUUUAUUGACUUUCUUGGAGUAGGAGCCACUUGAAGGGAACUUUAAGUUGAAGUUCGAAGUGCAAGGGAAGCUGAAAAGGGUUUUUAUUUUUACUUUUCUUUUAUUUUCCACAGAAACUGAAGAUCAUCAUGAAUGUGGAUGUUAUCCAAGAUCAAACUGAGAGGCCAUUGGAGGCAGAAGUAAAAGAAAAAGAGAAGGAAAAAGGAUUUUCACUUUUUAUUUUUAAAGUACGGUGAUGAUGUUUAGAUAAAAUCUGCAUCAGCAGGUUGAUGUCAUGUCUCUCCAUCUCUUUUCUUGUAACCCCUAUCUAUAGGGAAACAAAUAAAAUACUUUGAUUAUUCUCACUUGUGUUAUAUCA